AUGCCGUACCACAGCCGUCCUUCGUGCAUCGAAGACUCGCUCGCGGAUCUCGAACUAUUGGACUCCCUUAUCGCCCCGGACCUCCCUGACGCGGCAGACUUGCAGAAGAAGCACGGCUAUAAGCGCCGAGACGCAGACCUCGACCCCCUCCUCCUCGGUGCCGCGGCCGCGUACGGGCACGUCACCCGCAACCACUACGCCCACGACCUUUUCCCCGGAGUAGGAGAUCCUCGCUCGGAAGGGGCAUACGACUGGACAAAAUGGCAGCCAGAGAGCGCGGCCGCGCGGAGCGAACGCAGACCUCGUCUCAAGUAUGUUAGCCGCCAGGGGCCACGCUCGCAGAAAGCGCAAACGGAGGCCGGGCGGACAGCGACGGAACCAUUACGGUGCGCAGACAACUUGCCGUUACCUGUUCCCAAGUCGCCAGUCGCCUCCACGUCCAACGCCGCACCCUCCCACCUCCCGCCAACCCCAGCCCUUGAGGUGAAAUGCAUGGCGCGCACCCGUGUCCCCACCCCACACGGCCCCAUCUUCCUCCACCUAUACCACAACAACCGCGACAACAAGGAGCAUCUGGCCAUCGUUGUCGACCCCGCGCAGCUCCAGGAUGAAACACCCAUCGUUCCCCCCAUUCGCAGUCGCACCCUGGACGCAAUCUGGUCGGACUCGGAGACAGAGAUGGACCGCAUAACGCGCGGCGCGUACGUGGGCCGUCUCUCGGCCAGCUCCCAGCGACCAUCGCGUCCACUCGCCGGAAACACCCCCGCGCAAUCAAACACCAUCCCUUCCCCGUUAAUUCGCAUACACUCGGAGUGCUUCACUGGCGAAACCAUCGGCAGCAUGCGCUGUGACUGCGGCGAGCAGCUCGACGAAGCCAUCCGGCAGCUCGCCCAGCCCAUCGCGCUCCCCUCGCCCGAAGAUCCUGCCCGCACUAUCUCCAUCCCCGGGCGCGGCGCGGUCAUCUACAUGCGCCAGGAAGGCCGGGGCAUUGGUCUGCUUUCCAAGAUCCGCGCUUACAACCUCCAGGACCUCGGGCACGACACGGUCACUGCGAACCUCAUGCUGGGCCACGGCGCGGACGAACGCGGGUACGCGAUCGCGGGUGCCAUCCUGCGCGACUUGGGCCUCGGGGCUGACGGGUCCGAGGGCGUGCGGAUCUUGACGAACAACCCCGACAAGAUGCGCGCGCUGGAGGGGGAGGGCAUCCGGAUCGUAGAGCGCGUCCCGAUGGUCCCGCGCUCGUGGCAGCGUCGCCAGCAACACAAGCUGGGCGACCUGGCGGCGUCGCACGGGGACGAGGGGGAGCGCGGGAUGGGUGCGACGAUGAUUGGCGCGGGCGAAGUGUAUGGGGAGGACCUGGACAAGUAUUUGCGGACGAAAGUACUGCGCAUGGGGCACAUGCUGCCUUUACUCUCGGAUACCGCAGACGUAUAA